GAGUCGGUCGGUAUCUCAAGUUAACAGAAAAUUACUGGCGUGUUCCUGGAUCUUUAGAUAGAAAGUUAGAUCUGAAAUGUAUGUAAGUCUUCUAAAAGAUUCAACUUAUUACAAUUGACAAUGCAGGAUGAGGAUGCAUUGUUGUUACAGAGAGGUCCUUUUCUUAUUUUAUGUAACUUGAAACUUUUGAUGUAUGUAAUAGUGGUAAAUAUUGUAUAUCAAGCAUCCCCACUACGUUUCACAUCUUUCCCAAUCAUUGUACUAACAUUAUAAUAAUACACAACAGAUCCACCAACUUUUGGUUCAACAGCAACCUUAGUCGCCGUCAUGUCAUCCUCAACUUCUCAAUCAUUCUCUCUUUAAGGAUACAUCAAUUCACCCACAAGACUAUAUUUCUCAUUAGAUACACACAUUUUCACCAUUGUCAAAACAUAUGGAAAACGCUAAGACCCGAGAGAGAAAGGAAAACAUGAGGAACAAACCCCAACCAAUCAUCAGCUCAAAACUUAUAUUCAUUUGUUUCUCAAUCUUGGUCUUGUUCAUUCUCUUCUUGAAUAGAGCAAGCUUCUCUUCCUCUUCAACCUCAACCAUACGACGCGAAUAUCACGAGAUACCUAAAUGCCCAUUAACCUCACUACAAUGCACCAAAAUUCCUAUAUCUCUAUCAGACGCAUUGGUUCACUAUGUCACCACAGAGAUAACACCACAACAAACGUUUGAUGAAAUUUCAGUCUCAAAGAGAGUCUUGGACAAGAAAUCUCCUUGUAACUUCCUCGUCUUUGGCUUAGGACACGACAGCUUGAUGUGGGCAUCUCUCAAUCAUGGUGGACGCACUUUGUUCCUCGAGGAAGAUAAAGCUUGGAUCAAGACAGUGACUAAGAAAUUCCCAAAUUUAGAAUCAUACCACGUUGAAUACGACACGAAAGUGAAAGAUUCCAACAAGCUUAUUGAGCUAGAGAGAACAGAGGAUUGCAAAGCUGUGUCUGAUCCGAGAGAUUCGAAAUGUGCUCUGUCUUUGAAGGAUUUUCCGGCUGACGUGUACGAGACGCAAUGGGAUGUGAUAAUGGUCGAUGCUCCCACUGGUUACAACGACGAUGCUCCAGGGAGGAUGAGUGCUAUUUACACGGCGGGUUUAUUGGCUCGUAACCGUUAUGACGGCGGCGAGACUGAUGUUUUCGUUCACGACAUUAACCGGCCUGUGGAGGAUGAGUUCUCGGUGGCGUUCUUGUGUCGAGGGUACAUUAAGGAGCAGCAGGGGAGGCUUAGGCAUUUCACCAUCCCUAGCCAUCGGGCUAGCCUCGGUACACCGUUUUGUCCGGCGGAUAUCAGUCGCCGCUUUUGAAAUUGUCCAAUGAGAGAAAGUGCAAAGAACAAUAACAAGAAAACUUGGCAAAGGACUUGAUGUUGGUCUAGUUUUGUCUAUCAAAUUUGUAAACUUCAAAUAUACUUAUGCCAUCUUUAUGUACACCUUUUCCUCGAAAAAAAACUUUUUCAAAAAAAAAAAAAAAAUACUUG